CCGGUAGGUAGCUGAUAGCUUACAGCCAGGUACCUAGGUAUAGGUAGGAAUGACGUCCCCCGAUCGUGCUAGAUCCGGGAGGAACGAUGACGCUAAGAAAACGCCGAUUCUAGGGACCCCGAGUUAAAUAGCUACCCCGAGCUCCACUAAACAAACUUCACCUUUAGCAAUUCGAUACAAUAACUAGUACCGAUGUAUCCGAUGAAAUUCAAUUUCACGUGAACUUCAAGCCAGCUACUACCUAGUAUCGAUCUCCUAAUUACUAGGUAGCCACUUACACACCUCCCCUUAUCUUUGGCCCGAAUUAAAUCAUUUUGUUGGAGACGACCCAAAUUGCAACAGGAAAACAACCGAGAUCACUUAUAGUUAUAUACCUACCUAUAUAAUACCCACCUUGUACCUCGACCCCGCCUAUGUCCGGUUAAACAUAACCAAGAUUGGAGAACGCUGAUUGUGCGCAAUGCCCCCGCGACAACAAUGCGCUCCCACAACGCCCUAGAAAGCGAAGACGCCAAGGAGGCCCAGUGGGAGGCGGCCCAGGGCGCCGCCGUCGGCGCCGUGAAAUGGGGUGCCGCUUCCGCUGUGCUCGGCGGCGUCGGAUAUCUCUGCUCGCCGUUAUAUCGCGGACUCACUCUCCAGUUUAAAGUAUACCUACAAAUGUCCGGCAUGAUCGUGGGAAGCAUGAUCGAAGCCGACUACCGGAUGCGGCAGUACGAGCAGCACGUGCGCAUGCAGCGCCGCAUAAGACGGGACCGCGCCGUCUGGGCGGACUACGAGAAGGAACUGUUGGAGAUAGAGGGGGAGGGAGGGGACAAGUCAUCGUCGUCGCCAUCACCGCAACAGCAACAGAAGAAAUGAAGUCUUCUGGGGAUACCUUAUCUUUUAAAAAGGGGGUGGGGGGGAUUAAAUAAUUAAAGCCAUGUCAUGUCAAUAUGUGUAGGUAUCUGAUCUGUUUCUUAUGUACGUAGAGACGAUAGUAAUAUCUGGGGGGAUA